AUGAGUCAUCAUUAUUCAAUGCAAUCACAAUUUCUAUCAUCGUCAUCGUCAUCAUCAUCAUUAUUAUUAACAGACAGAUCAAAUAUUACUCAUUCGAAUACUGAUCUAAUUAUGGGAAAUACUGUCCCGUCCUCUUUUCUUGAAAUGAAUUUAACCCAAACAGCAAAUGGUUUAUUAAAUAAUAAUAAUAACAAUAAUAACGGUGUGGAUUUGGAUCGUCAAACUCGUGUAAAUUUAACAGAUGAUAAUUCACAAUGUAAAUCACCAUUAUGGAUACCACCUGUUACACCAUAUACAUUACUUGGUUUAUUAAAACCUCAUUUAACACAAUCUAGUUUACUUGUUAAUAACAAUACAACACAUCAAAUACAACAACAAACAAGUAAUGGAACAAUUAUAAAUACAAAAUUAUGUGAAGAUUCAAUAGGACAUCAACCAUUUCAACAACAACAACAGUCUAGUUUAAAACAAUCACAACAGCAAAUCUCAUCAAUGUCUGCUUAUCUUUCGGAACUUUUGAAUCAAUCUCAAACAUCGAUAACAACAACAACAACAACGACUAGUGGGAAGAAUUCAGUACAUGCUUUAUAUGAGAAAAUUCUUAUCGGUGAAUUAGAUCAAUUGCAUAAAUCACUGGAACAACGAUGUCUUCUUUCCAACACAUUUGAUUCAAGUCAAUUAAUGACAAUUUCAUGCUCCGAAGACAAUGUUAACAGUGGUGUUAGUGGUCGGGAGAAUACAAACUCCACGAUAAUGACACCAGCAAUACCAGUAACAACAAACCCCUCAUCAUCAUUAUCAUCUACAACAAUAACUGGUUUGAAAAUUGGUAAUAAUCCAACAUUAGGUACCAAUUUACCAGCAUUAACAACUGAUCCUGCUAGAGCAUUACUUAUUGCUGGACAAGUAUGUGAUUGGCCAGGUUGUGGAGCUAUUCUUGGUCCAGAUACAUCGUUUAUUGAACACUUGAAUAAAACACAUCAAUUAUCAUUACAAGCCCUUGCUCAAGUUGAAGUAUGUGCAUCAAGGUUAGAAUUGUACUUGAGAACAGUUCGUAAAGAAUCACAACGUUUAAAUGCAAUGGUACGACAUCUAAUCAGUAGAGCGCGUUGUGGUGGUACAAGUUUUGAAUGGUCAACUAAUUCAUCAUUAUCAUCAUCAUCAUUAUGUAAUUCAGUUCCUGCAUCAUUUGGAAAUUGUUCAUUAAAUUGUUUUCCUGGAUGUAAUAGCAAUACUAAUAAUAAUAAUCAAACAAUUAAUCAAGUUGGUUCCUUUAAAUGGAAUACAAAUGGACAUUUAGAUUCUACCGUUAAUUCCCUGGCAAAUGGAACAUUGGAAUUGCCGGAUAAGACAGAAUUAGAAUCAAAUUCCGUAUACGAAUCCCAAGUACAAAAUAUUAAUUCAAUCUAUCGUACUGAUAAUCCAAUGCAUUGUAGUCCAGUUUAUAGUAAUACAACAACUACUUCAGAAUCAUGGUGUACAGAUCAAUUAAUUAUACCUGAUUGCACUGCAAUGUCUGUGCUACGUGAUUUACCAUUACAUCAUAGACGUAGUGCAGUACAUUCAUUAACAUCACGUUGGUCUACAUCGAAUCAUCAUUCAACAUUAGAUACAAAUUAUAAUUCAAAUACAUUGGUAAAUCAAAUUCCCAGUAAUAAUAAUGGUAGUAAUAAUACUACUACUAAUAAUAUUAAUAAUUGUAAUUUGCCACCUGCUCUACCCGUAUUUCCAAAUAAUCCAAAUGAUUGUUCAUCAUCCAACAAUAAUAUAGUGGAUAAAUUAACUAUUCCCUCACCAUCUACACCACCGACUUCAUGUCAUCCAGCUUUAAUAGCUAGUGCAGCGGCAGCAUUAUUGUCAAGUGUUUCAAGUUUGCAAAAUCAAAUCAUCACCAGUAUGUCAACUCAUCAUCCUGUCCUAACUGGUCAAUUUCAAACUGCAACUGAUACUCAACUUCCGCAUCAAUCGACAUCAGCGAACGCAGCUGCCGCGGCUAUGGCGGUUGCAGCUGCGGCGGCAGCAGCUUCCGGUUUAUCUAACCCUGCGUCAAUGUCAUGGCUUCCAAGAUCAACUGCUGCUGCGAAUAAUAAUAGUAGCAAUAGUAUUGGUGUCGGUGGCGGCAAUACCACAAAUUUUGAUCCUAAAGAAUUUGAUACAACUGCUGCCGCGGCAGCAGCAGCAGCCGCCGCCGCCGCUGCAGCGGCUGUAGCUGCUUCUAAUCCCGCCUCAGCAAACGGUGUAUUUUUCGACUCGAAUACCACAACUCCCAUUGUUCCUGCUCCUCCGCCUCCACCUCCCGCCGCUCCUACAGCUGUCGCUGUCACUACUACCACUUCGCAUACAAGCCUCACAUCAUCAUUGUUUGAUAAAGCUGUUAAACAACGUUGGUUCGAUGCAACUAGACAAGACGAAUUGAUGAUAACAACAACACCAACACCACCACCGCUUCCAGCAAUAACUUUAACAUCAACGGCAGUAACAACGGUGACUUCGUUGCCCAUGGCUGCGAUCACCACUACUAUGUCAGUAGUAGGGAAGUCAUCUAAUAGUAAUAAUAAUAGUAGUAAUAGUAUUGGUGCUAGAACAAGAGCUAGAGAACAUCAAAUGAAAUCAUCUGUUAAUCAGGAAUCAUCUAUUAUAGAAUUGGAAAAACAAGGUAGAACUAUUGAAAAUUCCGAUAAGUCCACAAUUCACUGUAAUAUACCAGAAGCUAUGGAUUCUGAAAAUUCAUUAGUGAUGACAUGUGAAAAUCUUGCAUACACAUCAUCAUCGUCACAACAACAAACAUCGUUGUCAUCCGCAGUAAUCGUAGUACCGGCAGUAGUAUCAUCAUCAACAGGAACUUCAUCUUUGACAUCAGUGAUGACCACUGCAGCUGUCACAACAAUACCAACUACAACAACAUCACAGACAACAAAGACGACAGCCACGUCAAGUACAAAUGGUACCUCUUCAACUGCAAACAAUAAUAAUAAUAAUACAUCAUUAGCUCAAAGACAAUACUAUCGAUCACAUUGUGCACGUCCCAGAUUCACUUAUGCUAAUUUAAUACGUCAAGCAAUAUUAGAAUCACCGGGACAACAAUUAUCAUUAAGUGCAAUUUACGUAUGGUUACAACGUGAAUUUGCUUAUUUUCGACAAAAUGAAGCUACAUGGAAAAAUGCUGUAAGGCAUAAUUUAUCAUUACAUAAAUGUUUCCGACGAUUGGAAACCACAUCUGGUUCAGUUUGGGUUGUUGAUGAAAGUGAAUAUCAAAGACGUAAGGCUAAACGAGCAGUACGUUGGUAUCCCAAUAGCACUGGAGGUAAACAUCAAGGUUCCACAAAAUCUACUCGUACUGAUAGUGUAGCCAUAGCUAAUGAAACUGUUUCACCAAAAGUCACAACAGCAUUAGUACCAGGAAUAGUCGAUGCCUCAAUUCCUAUGGAUACUCAAUUAACAACUCCAUUAUCAUCACCAACACAUCCAAUUAUAUCACAUCAAUUAUUCACUACAGGGGGUGAAUCGAAUAAUCCGUCUAAUUCACCAAAAUCAAAUGUCUCUCCUGAAUUAAGUACAUCAUCAACAUUUCAUACAAUUGGUGCCUCUAAUACAACUCCAUCUCAGUCAUCUCCUCUAUUAUCAGCUUUAUUAUUACCUGGUUUAAAUCAAGAAACUUUUCAGAGUCGUAAUUUAGCCUUGAAUCAAGCUAAUUUUAUGAAAAUAGAAGAAUCUGAAGGAGGAAUGAUAAUUCCACCUGCUGGCAAUUCAACAAUAAUGAUAUCAACUAACAAUAGUCCUACAAAUAAUAAUAAUAAUAAUAAUGCAAUUACUUCAUAUUCAUCAUCAAUAACGUCAUCAUCCUCAUUGUAUACAAAUAUUAUGUCUUGUACAACAAGUCUGCUUUCAAACGAUGUUUUCACAACCGACUACAACAACACUUCUAUCAUCACUGAUUCUACUACUGAUGAUAAUGAUGAUAAUAAUAAUGAUAUGAUGAAUGCGAUUCUCAAAGAUUCUCUUCCAACUGUUACUAUCACUUCUUAUCCAACUGGCGUUGAUGUUGUUCAAGUUGAUUGUAGUAGUGAUGGUACGGAAGGUGGGCAGCUUGACAAAAUGUCGGCUAUUAACAACAACAUCCACAGCAAUAAUAAUGUAGAUUCGUUAAAGUCAGAUAUUGAAAUGGUGAGUGCUUCUGAAUCAGAGAUCAUCUCUAGUGGUAGUAUAAUUAACUCGGAACAAAUCACUGAACAAAGUCGAAUAACAGAAUUACCAGAGAAAUUUUCCACGUCAACAUCAUUAUUAUCAAUGUCGACACUGAAUGCAGAAGAUUCAAGUUAUACUACUACUAUUAAUAACAGUAAUAAUAAUGAUAAUGGAUCGGUGAAUGAUAAUAUAAUUAAAACAUCUGUAGAUACAAUUCCCAUUGAUAUUAAUAAUACAAACAAAACCGCGAUUGCACUAAUAAACAAUACUAAUGAAGUGAUUACAGUAAUGACAACGGUGGCUACCACUGCUACUAUUACUACUACUACUACCACUCUAAGCUGUGAUCCAGAUGAUGAUGAUGAUGAUGGUGAGGUGGAGAAUAAUGAUGGUUGUGGUGACGAGACUGUUACUACUACUACUACUCGCAGUGGUAGUAAUAAUAAUAAUAAUAAUAAAAACAAUACAAUAACGAAUUCAAGUUCACGAAAAUGGCCAUCUGUUCGUCUUGUGCCUAAUUUAUUACGUCAUCCUACAAAAUAUACAACAAUCUAA